AAGACUUAAUAAUAUUCAACCAAUUUCAAUAAUAAAAAUAGAAAGAAUGGCAUGGAUAUUACUUUCCAACUUUCAUUUGACAAAAAUAUGACAACUUGUAAAAUGGACAGAAAAGUGACUAUGAUUAUUCCAAUCAAUUUUACGUAUAACCUUUUCACUUUCGUUGAAAUCUCUUCCGAAUCGCUGAACCCUAUCUUCUCUUCUGCAUCGUUGAACCACAGCUUCACUUCCCUCCGCAUCGCUGAACUACAGCCCAAGCUACGCCACGACUUGCAGCCAUCAUCUCAGCCCCAAUAUAACUUCGUCGACAACACCAUCGACAGUGGCUGGCCGUUGAUGGUGAUUGGUGAACGGUGCACAAAUCGUAGCGUAUGACUACAGUAUCAACGAGACCGGAAAACAGAUACGUUCGGCGACGGUGCUUCAUCAGAUUUGGGAGCCAACGAUGACUAUGUGACUCCAACAGAUCCUGCCGUCCCUGAGUAGAUCCCGCCGUCCUUGAGUAGAUCUGAAAGUUGAGUUGGGUGAUAUGGCGGACUAUUCCCGUCUUUUAGGGUUCUGUUUAUUAGGGUUUCGAUGGUUAUAAGUGACGGGUUAGGGCGGCUGCGGACAGAUUUGAGAUUAGGGUGAGGGACAGGGAAAAGGUUUCCAGCAAGGUUCACGGCAGGGGUGCUGGUUGUUGUGGGCUGGUGGGGUAGAGGUCGGGUUGUUGUGGGCUAGUGGGGCCAGGGGAUGGUUGAUGUGAGCUGGUCGGUAAUCCGGGCGGUGGUGGUGGUUGCCGUAAGAUCUCACACUUGAGGGUUGGGAGACAGAUCAGGGGGAUGGGAA